AUGCUUCAUCUCAACGCCGCUCCACGGGUAACUCCACGUGCUCAACGAAGUGGACCUCUCAUUCUGGGCUGUAUUUGGGAUAUGCGGUUCAAGGCUCUAGGACGAGAACCACAGAUACCGCUUAACGAGACGUUCGUGAAUCCUGUAUUCGUUCCGAGAGUAAUGGCUAGUAGGAUCAAGGGCAUAAUCGAUCGCAUAGUUAGGACGCAUGCUGAUGGAUACCGUCGAGAACAAAGCAUCCUCUUGGUCCGAGCCGGCGAAGAAGAUGGAUUUAGUGCACCUAUCAGCUUCGAUUCUUUGACAGAUACGGCAUUGCCUCUCGCGAGGACGGAGGACAUGGGAAGGUCGAUGCUAUUCGAGUCCCUCUGCAAGUUGGCGUUCGUUUCGUGGCUACACUCUUACUUCGUGAAGAAGCUGCUUUCCCAGACUCGCUCUUAG